UAUAUCCGGUUGCCUGCAUUCCGCUCCGCGUUCCGCGUUCCCUGCCUCUCUCACAUUUUAUUGGCGUCCGUUUUAAGUUUGUCAGUUUUUAGUUAUAAAAUUUACGUGAUAACAGUAUUUUAAAGUGAUCUUAGUGUUUAACAUUAAAUAGGAAACAUGUCUUACGGAGGUCAAGGUGGUGGCGGAUUCCGAGGCAGUCGCGAAAGCUUCUCCGGGGGCGGAGGUGGCGGCGGAGGUCGUGGUUUUGGCGGCCCAAGAAGCGGAGGAGGGGGAGGAGGAAGCGGAGGAUUCCGUAGCGGCGGUGGAGGAGGAGGCGGUAGCGGUGGCGGUGGGUUCCGUAACGGCGGAGGUGGGGGAGGCGGUGGAUUCCGUAACUCCGGAGGAGGCGGUGGCGGAUUCCGUAGCGGUGGAGGUGGCGGGGGCGGUGGUUUUCGAAGCGGCGGAGGUGGAUCGGGCGGCGGUGGAAGAUUUGGGGGCCGAGGAGGAGGCGGGGGCGGCCCAGGUCGCGGAUUACGCAAGCCCCAAUGGGAUAUGAACUCGCUACGCCCUAUAAAGAAGGACUUCUACGUGCCUCACCCUGCUGUAAGCAGUCGAUCCCCUUACGAAGUGGACGCGUACCGCCAAGCCAAAGAGAUCACCGUGGACGGGGACGUUCCAAAUCCGAUUCAAAAUUUCGAUGAAGCCUGCUUUCCGGACUACGUCAUGCAGGAAGUAAGAAAUCAAGGUUAUGAUGCUCCUACUCCAAUCCAAGCGCAAGGCUGGCCAAUCGCUCUGAGCGGUCGCGACCUAGUUGGAAUAGCUCAAACCGGAUCGGGAAAAACACUAGCCUACAUCCUCCCUGCCAUCGUGCACAUCAAUAACCAACCUCGUCUCAGUCCCGGCGAUGGCCCCAUCGCGCUCAUCCUGGCCCCCACCAGAGAGCUGGCUCAGCAAAUUCAGCAAGUGGCCACCGAUUUCGGCCGGUCCUCCUACACGCGCAACACCUGCAUCUUCGGCGGAGCUCCAAAAAAUCCCCAAAAAUGGGAUCUGGAAAAGGGCGUGGAGAUUUGCAUCGCCACUCCGGGCAGGUUGAUUGAUUUCCUUCAGAAGGGAACUACAAACCUUGCCAGGUGCACCUAUUUGGUUCUGGACGAAGCCGAUCGGAUGUUGGACAUGGGUUUCGAGCCUCAGAUCAGAAAGAUUAUUGAGCAGAUCAGGCCGGACAGGCAGACGCUGAUGUGGUCGGCGACGUGGCCAAAGGAAGUGAGGAAGCUGGCGUCGGAUUUCAUGAAUAACUUCGUGACUAUUAAUAUCGGGUCGAUGCAGCUGUCUGCUAACCAUAACAUUCUUCAGAUUGUCGACGUGUGUCAGGAACACGAAAAGGAGUUCAAACUCAACCAAUUGCUGCAGGAAAUCGGCAAUAAUUCCGAGGCGGGCGCCAAAAUAAUAAUUUUCGUAGAAACCAAGAGAAAGGUGGAGCUGAUCACUCGUAACAUCCAGCGUUACGGUUGGCCCGCGUUGUGCAUGCACGGGGACAAGAGCCAGCAAGAACGUGACUUUGUUCUCAAGGAUUUCAGAACAGGAAAAUCAACUAUCCUCGUUGCCACGGAUGUGGCAGCUCGAGGUCUAGACGUAGACGGAAUAAGGUACGUUAUAAACUACGACUAUCCCAAUUCUUCCGAGGACUACAUCCACAGGAUAGGAAGAACGGGCCGAUCUGACACAACAGGAACGUCUUACGCUUUCUUUACGCCUAACAAUUUCCGACAGGCUAAAGAUUUGGUGUCUGUGCUGAAGGAAGCCAAUCAAGUGGUGAAUCCUAAAUUGGCAGAGAUGAUGAGCCGUGGAGGUGGCGGCGGCGGCGGAUACGGAGGGCGGUCUGGCGGAGGCAGAGGCGGCCCGCCCGGAGGACGCAGUGGCGGGGGAAGAGGCGGGCGCGGAGGUGGAAGCAGAGGAGGCCCUGGCGGUGGACGCCCAGGAGGAGGAUUCGGUGGCGGCAGUCGAGGUGGCGGCGGCGGCGGUUUCCGUAGAGAAGGUAUAUCCAGAUUUAGUGGAGGAAGCGGAGGUGCACCGGGUGGCGGAAACAGGGAUUAUUAAUUGAAACCAAACCAACACUUCAAUGAGAUUAAGUAUUAUUCCAGAUGCAUUUUGUUUGCGUCCCAUUCGAAUAAACUUGUACUAAUACAACGGAAAACCCGCUGUCGAUCCGUUUUCUUUAUCGUUCUAAAGGAAUUAAAAUUCAGCCACAAAUGUUCUUAAGUUGGUACUUGACGGUUACUGUGAUUAAAAUUUUUCUAUUUUUGUUUCCGAUUUUACGUGAGUUUACCACGUAAAGCUGUAAUCUAAUAAAGAAUUAACCCUA